AUGUUCACGGUUGCGAAGUCUGCGGGGCAUGACAUCUUGAGCGAAAUCUGGAAUGCACUCUUAAAAGCGCUUGAAGACGGCGAAACCUUCGAGACGUUCGCGAGCCGGAUCAAACCCGAACUGGUCCGCAAGGGCUGGUGGGGUGAAGCGAUCGAGGAAGAUCCACAGACCGGCGAACCGGUGAAGGUCCGGCUCGGAUCGAUGCGCCGGCUGCGCACGAUCUUCGACGUCAACAUGAAUGUGUCCUAUGCGGCAGGUCAUUGGUCGAUGUUCGAGGACCUGAGAUCGAGCCGUCCCUUCCUUCGCUAUGUGGCGGUCCAGGACGGCUUGACCAGACCGGAGCACCAACGGCUGCACAAUGUCGUCUUGCCGGUCGAUCAUGAGUUCUGGAACCUCUACGCGCCACCCAACGGCUGGAAUUGCCGCUGCACGUUUCAAAGCCUGUCACAGCGCGAUAUCGAUCGGCUGAUAGCUGAAGGCGAAGAGUUGAAAUUCGAUCCGCCCCCUAUCUCUUUCCGGGAAUGGACGAACAAGCGGACAGGCGAAGUCAGACAGGUUCCAGACGGGAUUGAUCCGGGCUGGGACUACAAUCCCGGCCGGGACGGUCAUCAGGCAACGAUGGAGCGGCUUCUGCAGCGUGUUCCGCCUGAGUUUUCGGGAUGA